AUGAGCGAUAACUUACACAAAGAGUUGCCUAAUAAAGAAAAUAUAAACUAGGAUCUAAACAUAGUGAAUAUUUAGUCUUCGAACUUGCAUUUGAAUACUUCUGAAAAGACCUAAUUCAACGAAUAAACUCUGACAUUUAAAAGCCAAAAUUCUGCAGCAGGGACAACAGUACACAUUAAUAAGUAGAGUUAAGAGGCAAACGCUCUAAAUUUAGAUUAGAUGGAUGUAUCUACAAAAGUUUAAUUUGUCAAUGGUAUAUAUACUAGUCAGUAAUAAAUAAUAAUAGAGAGUAUUGCAAUAAAAAGUCAGUCGAGAGUUGUUUAAAGACCCAUGUCAGGGAAACCCACAACCGAUAGAAUGUCUUUGCCUGUGAAACUCGCAGAAUUAGGCUAAAAAGCUAACAUUAACAGCCAGGUCAUAGAUGAGAGAGAUGAAUUCAAGCAUCAGCUUACUCUGAAUUAGGAAUCUAUUAUGCACAUAGCCCCAAUGAAAGAUGACAAGGGUGUGGGGAUGAGCAUGAGUUAUCACCAAUUGUCUCAGUCGCACACUAUGCAAGGCUAGGAUGAUAAGACAAGAUACGGGAUUAAGAGUAGCUAUGAAUGCAGAAAGGACUCUCAUAAGAAAGAGUCAUAGGUUAGACCUUACUCUGCUGCUAUACUUGCUAUUUAAAAAGAUAUGCAUCCUGCAAUGCUAGACAUGGAUUAGAUUCAAAGUGCAACUUAAACUCAUGAGUGGAACGAUCUUAUCAAGUAAACUGUAGAACUGGAUAAAAAAAGCAGAGUAAAUAGAGUUCAGAGCUCUAAGCAGCUAAGAGAUAUGCAUACACUGAAGCCAGAAGAUCUCCUUCCUGAAGAUUUUCUAAAGUAAUUAUUCUUCAGCAAGAACAGCAGAGGAGGAGAGAUGCUUGGAUCAUAAUGCCCUAAUAUAGUAUCUACAUAAACCUCAAACAAGGGCUACAAUAAUUUUUCUCGAACUCAAAACAAUAACAACCUUUCCUCUAUGCUAAGCGACAAAGGUAAACAGCCUAAGCCUAAGCUAGAUCGAACUUCUAUACUAUGGAAGCCAAAGAACAAUGCAGCUAAUUCAAAGAAAGCAGUGAGAAAUUCAUAGUCGAUGACUUCAAUUAAGUACAUGUCCAGUGGAUUCGACUACUUUGAGAACGAGCUAAAGACUCCUGCUAAACAGAAAAUUGAAUACUAUAAACUGCAUAACCAACUGCAUUAGACUCGAAAGGGAUACUAAAAGAUGCUUGAAGAUUAAAAAGCCAAUAAUGAAAGACUAAUGCCUAUUUAUGAUAAAGAAGACUUGGUUCAGAUCAAGAACGGCAAUCUUAAUGUAGUACUUUAAUUCAAUGCAUAUACUAAGCCGUAGAGUGCUAGCAGUAGAGUACUUCAAAGAGAAAAAGAUCCCUUGAAUAAUCUGAAGAGAAGGUUUUAUAAGAACUCCAACAAGCCCCUAGAUGAUUCAAGAGAGUUUGAUUUAUAUAGCAAGAGGAAAGCAACUACAAUAAAAGAGCUGAAUCAUGAUCUAAAGGAAAAAGGCCUGCUAAGUGAUGAGAAGCCAAGGAGAAAAGGCAGGAAAUUGAAUACGAAGUAUAUUGGGGACAAAGAUAACUCAAUGUUAAAGAGUGAUAUAGACAUUAAUGAGUCGAAUGGCGUAAUUAUUGAACUAGAGGAUGAAGAAGGUGCUGAGACUGGUAAUAUCGUGUAAUAGUAGUAGAAACUUGAUAAUGAAUAUGAAGUUGCUAAGGGAGUGCCAAGUUUUCUAGACAGCAUUAGCAAUACUCACAGCAAUCACUCGCGAAUGCAAACAAGACCAUUUUCAGCAGCGAUAUAAAACAAUAGGACUGAAGAGAGCAAAGGCAGUUUUAGUUAAAUAAACAAUGGAAACAACCAUAAUGACAUUAUAGUAGAGGAUGAAAGUGACUCUGAGAUAAAAAUAGAGUAGAUUGUCAACAUUAAAACACUGAAGUAUAGUAACAGACCUAUGACAAGCAAACUAAGGCAUUUUUAGCGAAUAACUAGCGGCAAGAAGAAUAAUCGUGGAGCACCAACUUCAAGUUCAAAUGCUCAUUUUACAUAAAUAAGCACUGCUGAUGAGCAAUCUUAAUCUGGCAUGCCUCAUUCUUAAUCUUAACAAAAUAUGAUUGGCUCUCAAAUGAGCAUAGAAAGUCACCCUUAAACCUUCAACUAAACUUUGAAGAAAGACAGAACUUAAAAACAACUCCAUCUGCAGUCCUAUUAAAGUAAUACCACCACUGACUCUAAACUGAUGUCUCCUACCUAUUAAAAUCUAGUAUUCUAGUACCAAACAUUCACUCCUUAGAGUAAUAAUUUGAAUCCUUAAAAUUUCAAUUAUAAUAAAGAGCAACUCGGAUCAACGCAGUAGCUUUUCGAGCACAAAGCAUUAAAGAAUAGAGAUAUUAGGAUUAACUCAAAUUUCAAUUACAAGUAUCACAAGAACAGGCAACUAAUCUAGGCUCAAGCUAAUAUGAUCAAGCAAGUAUCCUAUACUAGAUUGAAUCCUUCCUAAUCAACAUAGCAACUUUAAUCAAGCUAAAACUAGUUUGUUAACAAUUUUGCCUCGAAUAAUAACUAGCCUUUGAAACCUUAGCAUGCAUUUUAAUCAAGCACAAAUGAUAAUCAACAAACAAACCCAUCAUAGAGUUAAAAUCAUUAGAUAAUGAGUUAGAAGGUGCAAUAAAAUAAUGCUUAAGGGUUAAUGAUUGAUUCAAGAGCUUAAAAAUCUUUUAACUAGAGAAGGGAGACUCCUUUGGAUGUCAUUAAUGACGAUGGAGGUGGGUCAAAAGAAGAGGAAGAUGAAUUUAAUAAAUAAAUGGCAAAAGCAAAGAAUCUUAAGCCAGUUUUUACUCAAAGAGGCAAUAUUAAAUCAACUGCUCAUUAUAGGCCUCAGACAGCAAUAACAUCAUCUUCCAAAUAUAGAGGACUGUCAGCUUGUAGUAGUAAGCCUUCUGGUCUCGACACAACUUCUCCUUAGAAAAACUAAAACCCCUCCCCAAGAUCAAAUAUGAUGGAGGAUGCAGGCAUUUAAAAUUCAAUGUAAUCUAACUAAGUAAUUUCAGUUGAGGAGGGAUAAUCACAGAACUUUUAAGGCCAAGAAUAGCUACCUAACCAUAUAUCUUCUUCAAAUAUCAAAGUUAAUCAUAAGCAGCACAGAGUGCUACUUAUGAGCCAAGGCAAGAAGUCUAUGUACUCUUUGAAAGAUAGGGCGCCUUCAAAUGAUCCUAGAAAUUUAAGAGCGAUGACUUUCAAUAACCCUGAUAAACUACACACAAUCGAAAGUCUGAGAUCCUAUGCUCAUCAAUAAGAUAAUUAAUGCAAUAACUUGUAAGAGAAAGAAGUCAUCUACCCGUUGAAAGGCAAUCUCAGACAUAGGCCUAUUUCAGCAGCAAUGAAUAAGAAGUACCUCAGAGGCUUUUAUAAUACAGUUGACAUGAAGUUCGGUAACUCUGCUAAUCUCUAGAAUUAAUAAAUCAGCAAAAACCAGUAAUAAAGAGCUGAGUUGCUAUAGUUUAUAGGAUAAGACUACUAGAGUCUGUAGAGAACUUCUUAGUUUGCAGUGCCAGAUGCAAUAAUUCAAAGAUAGUAUAAUACCUCAGCAAGUCCAAUUCGAAGUCACUCUCCUUAAUAAGUUUAGUAUGUUAAUGAUGAUGCUGAUUUUAUGAGCAUCAAUAAAGAGGGACAUAUCUAAGCAGAUAUGUAUCAGAAUUAAAUGGAAAUGUAGCCAAAUUUCUAUAAGCCAUCCAUAGCUACUCUAAACUGCUAUGUUAAGCCGAAUUCUCAAGUUAAAAUGCUAAUGAUUGGACCAGUAAUAGAUGAAUAUUAAUGA